AUGACUCCUGUGGACACAAGAAGUUCUGGUGGCCCGCAAAGCAGACCUGCCUGCCCUAUGGUGGGUGCCAAGCAUCAUCACCCUGCUCCAUCCCACCGCCACUGCGGCAGAUGGUUUUACUGGGACAAAGAGCUCGGAUGCUGCGUUCCGCCUCAACCCGAGGUCAUCGAUGCAGAGUGCCCUCCCGAAUGGGUAUGGGACGAAUAUGAAACGGCUUGCAUUCCCGCACCAGUAGUACCUGCUCCGGAGCAAUGUGGUCCUUCAAUGUGGUGGUGGGAGCCCAAGGCAUGUUGCUUGCCUACUGGUGGACCGUCCACUCCUCCGUCUUCACCUCCUGAGGGGUGGUCAUGCCCUUACGACUGGUACUGGAUCCCAGAGGGGUAUUGUGCACCUCGAGGACCUACGUAUGACACCCCUGUUUGUGUUGAGACCCAUACUUGGGACGGAGAUGUAUUCUACUGCAAGCCCGGAAUACUGUCCGCCAUUUGCACACUUUUCGGAUUCGCGGGUGUCGCUGCUUCUAUGAUAUUUAGCACUGUCGGUGCGGCAUAUGGAACAUCCAAAGCUGGUAUUGGGAUCACGGGUUUGGGAACGUUUAGGCCGGAGCUGAUUAUGAAGUCGCUCAUCCCAGUUGUCAUGUCCGGUAUUAUAGCCGUGUAUGGGCUUGUCGUGGCAGUCUUGAUCUCGAAUGCUCUGGACCCAAAAGUGCCUUACCCACUCUUUUCUGGGUUUAUCCAUCUGGGUGCUGGUCUCGCAUGUGGAUUUACGGGUCUUUCCGCCGGUUACGCAAUUGGAAUUGUAGGCGACUCUUGUGUCCGUGCUUAUGUUCACGAGUCCAAGGUUGUUGGGAUUGUACGGGAAGUCAGGUUGAUCGUUGCGCUCAUUAUGCACUCCAAGACUCAAGAUGCAAGCUUUAGCGAGCUUUGCAAAGCGGUUGUUUCAUGA